AUGGAAGAACACGCGUUGCCAUCAUGUUCACAGAUAAACCAUAAGUUAGUUCACAAUGCAGAAAAGCCAAAUUUGUUCUCAUUUUUUGAUAAAGUUACAAAUCACGAAACAAAUUUAUUGAUUCCGGAACAUAACGACCUCAAAUUUAUCAAUUGGUUGAAACGGUAUUCAUCCAGCGACUUCUACCAAGCUGCUUAG